CAGAUUCAAUCUUUUACAUUCAUUUGAGGUUACAUUUGCAAAGACAUACAUCUGGCUUACAGAUCCUUAUCAUCGUUUUUAGAUCUGGAGAAAUCUAUAGCUAGCUGGGUAUGUACUGCACCGGUAGUCCGAUACGAAAGGGACCCAGCAUAGCAUACAUAGCCUUGCCACCACUCACAGACCAUGUCAUAUAUGACUGAGCCGACCAACUUUUUGCGUCACCGACCCUAAUCGCAUUGGACCUGUUAGAUUUCAAUGAUUCAACCUUCGUUUCUUGACAACGACCUAGUAACCUUAUUAACCUUAUUAACCUAUUACUUUAACAAUCUUCAGGAAAAUCUCAAAGCGUGUCUUCUUCACCUUUUACUUACAUCUACCAUUGCUUGAUUAGUUAUCAAAAUCCAAGUUUACUUUCUUUCCCCGCCCGUCCAUACAAAUAAAUUUCCGAUUAUCAAUCUAACGAGGCAGUUUCCCGAACUGCAGUGCAGGCUUACGCCACAACAAGUGUGGGUUGAUUUGUGCCUUGCGCUGUCCACACACAUAUCUAAAGCAAUCACACAUAACCACACCGGUUACGAUCUCUUCAAACCCCCUGCCAGUAGGGAUAAAGGUCAACACACCUCCCCACUCUCAUUAUAGGAUAGUCAAAAGUCGAAGCAAGCACGUCUGAUUAACCACUCUGGCUUUCCGGGCGCUGCGCACCACCGGCCUGGCAUUUUCUCUCGGUCUGACUGCCCUUGGGGCAUAUCAAACGAUCAGAGACGCCAUGGCAGAUCCCAGAGACACGACUGGUGGGAUUGAUAAUAGUGGCGGACGAAGACAUUUGGACGCUACCGGUCCUAGGGAAGUGGUUUAUUGUCAUCAAUGUGAAAACGAGUGGUACAAAGAUGAGCAUGGCUUAGUAUGUCCGAGGUGCGAGGGGGAGAUUAUUGAAAUAGUAAGUCUGUCCAAAGUUGCCCCUCUUUUCACUCUUCAUCCCAUUCUUUUCUGAUAGUUUCAUGUAGGUGGAUCCAAACAGUGACCCUCGUCGUGAGACGGACAAUUCUCGUUUUAUUUCGCCAUUGCGCGACCUGGACAACCACAACCCUUGGGCCGAUGACUCAGAUCCGGAAGAAGCAGACAUUGAGGAACAUAUUACGCAUGGCCCACAUGGCUCUAUAAUGAUAUCGCAAACAAUAAGAAGUACAAGGCCAGUACCAUUUGGAGGAAACUUCAACACAAUUACAGGUGAGAUGCGUCGAAGGCGGAGCCCAGGAGGCGGAGGAGGAGAUGACGACACAAUGCGAGAUUUCCAGAGUAUGCUGGGGAAUCUAAUGGGUCCUAAUCUGAGAUCAAGCCGCACCGGUCGAUCUGGUAAUGACGACUUAUUCCCACGCGCUGAGGAAUUUCACACUGGUGGUGGUGGAGCUGGCUUUGGAAUGGGUGGCGGUCGAGGACCUCAUACUGUCGGUGGUCGUUACACUUUCGAAGGAAGAUUUGAAAACGGUCGAUUACGGCCAAGAGAUGCAAACAGUCCCCAGGCUCAGGGAGCACCCGUCGAGGAUUUGGCUACGUAUGUACCCUUUGGUGAUCCUUUUGUUAAUUUUUAUGAGCUGUUGUGCCUAGGCAGAGUUCAACCCCUCUCUGUUCCCAAAUAUAUGGAAAAGUUUCAGAUUGUACCAAAUCUGGAACGGGGAUCUUUUCUUAAUCUUCGACCCUGUCUUCGUGCUCGUCUCGCUUAAUAUCAAUUUCCUUUCUAUGUUUGCUUAGACAAUUCGCUGACCAGACUAUCAGACUAAUCUCUCAUUUGUUUGCUCAAAUAGGUGCGGUUCCCGCACCUGGAACACCUGGUGAAGAUGACGAGCCUCGUCGCGGUAUGCCUUUUCCCGGUGUUGUAGGCUUACCAGGACUUCUUCAAACACUUUUCAGUCACCAAAAUGCCGUACAUGGCGAUGCCGUCUAUUCGCAAGAGGCAUUCGAUCGGAUCAUGUCUCAGCUGAUGGAACAGCAUCAACAAUCCAAUGCCCCUGGUCCUGCCUCUCCAGACGCCAUCUCGGCACUCCCAAAGAAAGCUCUGGACGAAAAGAUGCUUGGGCCGGAAGGCAGAGGCGAAUGUAGCGUUUGCAUGGAUGAUGUGUUUCUUGCUACUGAAGUUGUCGUACUCCCUUGCAAGCACUGGUUUCAUGAAGCUUGCGCCAGUGCCUGGCUCAGCGAGCACAACACCUGUCCUAUCUGCCGCAAAGGCAUUGGAGCUGAAGAGGCGUCCUCGUCUCGUCAUGUUCAUUCUGGUAGAUCAAGCAAUUCAACAACUCCACAAUCCGCCAAUUCUCCAAGUAAUCGCCGUCCUCGUCUUUCUCGCCUGAAUUCAGAACAAGAUGAUUUGAUGGCCCGAAACCAAGCUCGUUUGGAUUUUCUCCGAAAUAGUCGCUUCACAGGUCCUUCUUCAGCAUCUCCUUCAUCAGAAAGGAGGGAAGUGGAAAGACAUGCAGAGAGAGUAGCAGAACAAGCCACUGAAGAUGGUAUAUUUCCUAAUUCUUCUCGAAGCGAACACAUACCGGGUAUGUUUCCUGGUAGCAAUACAUCUACGUCUACAUUGUACAGAAGAGAUCCGGGCUUAAGUACGGGUACGAAUGAGCCACGGAGAGGAACUGGAAGUUCCGGUCAGAUUUCGUCAAGAGAUAGACCAAGGAGUGAAAGGAGUGAAAGUGAUAGCUCAGUUAGGGGAGACGGAAACGGAAAUGGAGGGUUGGCUGGAUGGUUUAGGGAUCGUUGGAGAAGGCAGGAAUAAUCUGGGUGACAUGUUGAAGGAUUUGAAAUUUUCGGGAAGCGGUUUAUGAUUCAAGGUGUGGUGGAGGAAGAAGAAAAAUAAGAAGAUUAUGUGCGUAGUGUGAUAUUGAAAACACUUCCAAAGUUCUUCCUCCACACUCACCUUACUACGUUACAAUAUGAUACACACAGCACUUGAGAGAAAGUAAGCGAGCAUGGGAUUUAUCAUGUAUGCUUUUUCUUGUAUGAUUUUUUUUUUCUUUCUUUCUUUUAGCUAAGGUAGCUAUGUAGCUAGCUAGUAGUCUGAGCGAUGAUGCUUGGCAUUUUAUUU